CAUAACAUGGUUUUGUUGUUGUACCGUCGCUUGUUUGUUGUUAUCAUUCUGACGUGCAAUUGUUUCGUGGCACGUCAAGUUUAUAGCAACGAAACCGAACCAAACAAACAUCGGAACGUACUCUUUUUACUCGCUGACGAUGGUGGCUUUGAAAUGGGUGCAUAUCGGAAUAGGAUGUGUCAAACACCGAAUCUCGAUGCAUUGGCCAAAAGAAGUUUAAUAUUCAAUAAUGCUUUCGCAUCGGUUAGUAGCUGUUCACCCAGUCGGGCCUCGAUUUUGACCGGGAUGCCAAGCCAUCAAAAUGGGAUGUAUGGUCUGCAUCAAGGCGUUCAUCACUUCAAUGCUUUCGAUUCGGUAAAAAGUUUGCCGACUAUUUUGCGUGAGAAUAACAUCAGAACCGGUUUGAUUGGUAAAAAGCAUGUUGGACCGUCGAGUGUCUUUAAUUUUGACUACGAACGCACUGAAGAAACCUAUCCAAUCAAUCAAGUCGGCCGAAAUAUCACCAAAAUCAAGCUCUUUGUUCGAGACUUUCUGGCACAAAAUGGAUCAAAUCCAUUCUUCUUGAUGGUAUCGUUUCAUGAUCCACACCGUUGCGGCCACAUCACACCACAAUAUGGCAGUUUCUGUGAGCGAUUUGGUUCGGGUGAAAUUGGAAUGGGUUUAAUUCCAGACUGGCACCCAAUAUACUAUCAAUGGGAUGAGCUCGAUAUUCCUUAUUAUGUCCCAGAUACAGAGCCAGCCCGUAGAGACAUUGCCGCUCAAUACACAACAAUUUCCCGUCUGGAUCAAGGCGUCGGUUUGGUAAUAAAAGAAUUGGAGGCAGCCGGUCACUUAGACGAUACAUUAAUCAUUUACACUUCUGACAAUGGGCCACCACUACCAGCCGCUCGUACAAAUCUCUAUGAUCCUGGUGUUCGUGAACCCAUGUUCAUAUCAUCACCUAAAGAAAUACAACGACGUAAUAAAGUUACAUACUUCAUGACAAGCCAUUUGGAUAUUUUACCCACAGUUAUCGAUUGGUUCCAAAUUAAACCCACGUACGAUGUCGAUUUAGAAAGUAAUUCGAUAGAAAAAUCUGUCCUGACCGGUAAAAGUUUGCUACCGCUGCUCGUUCAAGAGCCGGAUGAUGAUCCAGAAGCAGCCAUUUUUGCCAGUCAAAGCUAUCACGAGGUCACCAUGAAUUAUCCAAUGCGCUCGAUUCGAACCAAACGAUAUAAACUCAUUCAUAAUUUAAAUUUUCGAUCGCCAUUCCCCAUUGAUCAAGACUUUUAUGUCUCACGCACAUUCCAGGACAUUUUAAAUCGGACAAUCAACAAACAGCCGUUGCCCUGGUACAAAACGCUCAGUCAGUAUUACAAUCGUGCCGAAUGGGAAUUGUAUGAUCUCAAAGCGGAUGGUGAUGAAUUGAUGAAUAUUGCUGAAAAACCAUCGAUGAAAGAGGUUCGAGCCAAUUUGGAAGAGCGUUUGAAUAAAUGGCUUGGAGAUACGGAAGAUCCAUGGCGAUGUGCCCCACAUGCAGUGCUUCAAGAUGUUGGCGAAUUUAAGGACAAUCCUCAAUGCAUGACUUUGGGCGUUUGAAUAUACUCAUCAUAUUAUAUAUUUCUUUAUAUUUUUAGUUUUUUUUCUCGAUCAUCUUUUCGUCACAACAAUUUGGUUGGUAAUGAACCAAAAUUAUCUCGUAAGAAUUUCUAUACACAAAAAAAUAUACUCAAACACUUUUAUUAAAAUGAAAUGCAAUCUUUUUAACGUA